CGGGGGCAGCAGUGCCAAGGCAGCAGCUGCUGCUGCUGCUGCCGCCCCGGUUCGUCCCCGGGUGGACAAGGCGGUGAUUGCGGUGCCGGCCUACUUCAAUGACCAGCAGCGGGAGGCGACGGUGGCAGCAGGCAAGCUAGCCGGCCUCAGCACCGUACGGCUGCUCCGGGAGCCGGUGGCGGCCGCCCUGUCGUACGGACUGGAUCUCCGUACGGACGCCACCGUACUUGUGUUUGACCUGGGGGGAGGCACGUACGACGUGAGCUUGCUGGAGGUGGGGGGCGGCACGGUGGAGGUGCUGGCGACGGGCGGUGAUGCGCAUCUGGGCGGUGACGACUGGGACGCCGUCAUCGCGGACUGGCUGGCGGAGCACUACCUGCGACCCGCGGGUCACGACCCCGGCUCCGACCCCCGCCUGCGGGCCAACCUGCGGGCGCUGGCGCAGGCGGCCAAACACGCGCUGAGCGAGAGCGAGGAGGUGGCGCUGCGCAUGCCGGUGGGUGGUCCCGGCGGCUCCCCCCUGACCGCCCGCCUCACCCGCGCCCAGCUGGACCUGCUGAGUGAGGGCCUGUGGCGCCGCUGCCGACUGCCGCUGGACCAGGCCUGCUGGCGUGCGGGUGUGGACCUUGACGUGGUGGUGGGCGGGCACGCGGCGCUGCAGCAGCAGCUGAGGAGCAGGGGGGUGCCCGGCUGGAAGGUGGAGGCGAUGCAGCCCCAGAUCCGCCCCCUCCGCCGCCCGCCCCUCAGCGCGGUGCUGCUGGUGGGCGGCGCCACGCGGCUGCCCUCCCUGGACACCUUCCUCGCCAACAUGACGGGCAUCGCACCGAGCAGGGGGCGGGUGGACCCGGAUGAGGCGGUGGCGCUGGGGGCGGCGGUGCAGGCUGGCAUACUGCAGGGCGAGAUCUCCGACCUGAUGGUGAUGGAGCAGUGGCAGGCCUCGCUGAUGCGUGCGCUAGCCAAGUUGCAGCUGCAGGCCGACCCACGGGUCAGGCAGGCGGUGCGGCGCAAGUAUGAUCUGGAGGAGGGGGAGG